UGUUGUUCACAAGCUUAUCUGCCCUCUCGUUGACUAGAAUUGUCCCAUCUGAUCUCGCCUCCUCCCACCUGCCUUCCACCUUUGAGGACAUGUAUUUCAAUUGUUAAAGCGGUCACUCGACUAUCUUAUCAAUAUAAUAGAACAUCUUUGCUGUGGCACAGGCGCUGUCAGGUGCAAAGCCGCUAACGACACCGCGGCAGCUCGGUUAAAGUACAGAAUGUGCCAGGAACAAAGAACAAGAGCUGCUCUCUGAUUCUCUCCGAGGAGAGAGAGAGAUCAGCCAUGGCCAGCUGUCGGAGAGAGAGCCCACGGAGCCGGGCAGGACAGGCAAGUGGCAGUCUGAGAGCAGCGAGGAAGCCCGGGCAGAGAGAUCCUUCCAGCGAGUUAGGGGACGCGGGCGAAUCAAUGACAGAGCUACCACAAUGGUUGCGGUUUUAUUUCUAUGGGAUGCACGGUAUCACUUUGGAUAUCCUCCUGUCGUCGGCACAGGGGCUUUUGGCUGACAGCGACCCCAAACUGUUCGGCUUUUCCUCCCCGUACCUCUGCAUCAUGCACUCGGUGACCCAUUUUUUGCUGGAAAAAAUAUAUUCGCAAAAGAAGUGCUUUCAAGGACGCACAGUCAUUUUUCACCUUGUUUUUUAUCCCUCUGUGUACAUUGGGUUGCAGAUCCUGAUUGGGAAUAUAAACACGCUGACCGAGCACGUUAGAAUAGUCUCUGCCACUCAUCUCGUCGUUCACUACCUACUGGCACUGUACUUCACCCAAGUUUUCCACAAGGGGCUUGAGCGGCUGCGCUACCACUGCCCCGGGAAACGGACCAUGUCUACACCGGAAAAGCGCACCCUGGAGCCGCUGCCUAAUAAUGGUCUGCCCGAUGUUGUGCGAUUCCUCUUCUUUGGAAUGCACGGCUUUUUGGACGAGAUCUUUUUUACCUCGAUAUUCAACCUUGUGGAGAAAUCGGACCGGACCAUGAGCGGCCACACGUCCCUGUGGUCCUUCCUGAUGUACGGGAGCUGCAGCUUCGUGGUAGAGAAACUCUACCUGCAUUUGCACUUCAGACGGGGCUGGAGCACCUGGAGGCGGCUCCCCAUCUAUAUCUGCUUCAUCUACACCUGGGAGUUCUGUUGGGGGCUGGCGCUGCGGCAGUACGGCGCAUGCUCAUGGGACUAUUCCCACUAUCCAUUCAACUUCAUGGGCCUGAUCACGCUCCUCUACCUGCCCGGAUGGGUCUGCAUCAGUCUCUACCAGGAUAUUCUGUCCAGCGUUCUGCUGCGCGUGGUGGUGUGUGCCAAAGACGAGGAGUGAAGGCACCCAGGGCAGGGCGCUGGCAUCAACGUCUGCCAUGUGUCCAGGGAAAAAAACUGUAUUAUAGGCCUAGGUCACAUUUGAUUUAGGAACUAUUGAUACCAAUACAAAGAAAGAAGAGGACAUUUAAGACCAUCAAUGUUGUACCCGGACUUAAAUCAUGUGUAUUUCCCUUGUGGAAAUGUGGAAUUGAUGUGGCUGUUUAGACAGCAUCUUUUAUCAGUGAUUCUAACAAAUAGCCUAUCAAUUUGUGACAGGUAGCCUAAAAGCACAGACAUGCCUUGCCUGGCAUGUGAUGACACACAGACAUGCCUUCUGCUGUGAUGACAACUGACAUUUCGAACUUUGAUGUAGAUGAAACAAUAAUAUUUAACAUUUUACACUUUACUUGCUUGCUCAUUUUAGAGCUGUGAAUUAUUUCCUAAACUAUAUUGACAAAGUCAGCCAUAUGCAUGGAGGCACCAUUUGACUAGAUUGGUCUCUUCAAUCCCAGAGCAUGCUUUGAACUCAUUUCUGCAUGGCUGCAUUCAUGAUCACUUAAUUGCUUAAAUCGUAUUACCUUAAAAACAAUGCAUGACAUUUGGAAAUAAAAUAGCUUCUAAAAAGUUCAAAAUGUAUGUAGCGUGAGAUGUAAUCGAACCGAAUAGAACAGGUGGUGGACCGAAUUCAUUUCACUGUGAAUCUUUUUCUGAACCAAACCUUAACCUUACUGUGUUGGAGUGCCUUUCUGAGCAAACCUACAGACAGCUGGACUAAAGACAAACUGAACUACACUGUGGGCCAGUUUCCCCCUAGGCCUGUCCGAACUCAAAAUGAAGCUCAAUGGGGAAUUGAUAGUGCUUUUUAGUCUACAACUAUAGGCUUAAUCUGGGUCAUGUAAACAGGCAAUGUGUGCCAAUCAGACAGACCCUGAUGAUCAGCUUUAUAUUUCUCCCUUCGUUACAUAGGGGCAUCCCAGCCCCAGGCUUGUUUACCUAACAUUUAUAAAGCAGUGGAGCACGAGUCAGAUUUUUAUGGUUUACACUAUAGGUUGAUCUGGAAUGGGCAAUAUCGGGAGUCAGCAGACCUGGGUUCAAAUACUACUUGAAAUCUUUCAGGCACUUUCACUGUUUGUUUUAACCUGCCCGGAGUGCGAGAUGGACGGGGUUUGGGGUUUGAAUUUUUGCAGCUAUUCUAUUGGUUCCACGCCAGGAAAGCUCAAUCAAGCCUAGAUAAAGUAUUUGAAAUGAUUUCAGAAUAGUAUUUGAAUCCAGGUCUGGGAUCAACCUCCAUGCAUAGAGCUCUUUGGCAUAUAUCUUUCUGCCUGUUUUAUUUCCUCGUUUGCCAAUGUACCAAACGGUCAAGUCUCAUGUUCUCUCUGAGGGGCCAAACACAUACAGUAUGUGUGGAUACCUGGCACUGUGACUUCAUUAGCAACCUGUUCCAACCUUAUACUCUUUGGAAAGUACGUUUUGAAACCUAUCGUUUUUGCUAUUUUUACUGAUUGUCAUGAUUCUCUAGCAUGUUUUUAAUGCAUUUUACUGCCUGCCUUCAUCAGUCUUGGGGAUCCCGUGAAACGAAGGUUGGAGGUAACUGAAAGCUGGUAAUAUUGAUGAGUAAUACUAGUGCAGGGAGAAAUAUCUUAUAACAUAAUGUCAUUAAAAUAUUACAACUUUUACACAUGUUGAUUUGUGUCAGAUUGUUAUGAAUAUGGACUGAAUGUUUCAUGCCGUGGGAGUUUCCCUGUCCUGCGCGAACAAACAAUACCUUCCAGUCGUCUGGAGACUCACACUGGACGGACUGAAAUGACACAAUUAUUUUCCUUUUGGUUUGUCGUUUCAAAAUGGUGGGCUUUUGUUGUGAGCGAUGCAAAAGAAGGAUACACAUGGUGAAUAGGACCAGGAGUUUCUUUCCUGGUUAUGUGGUCGGGGAGGAUCUCCUGUCCCUGGUGAAGUUGUUAUCUUAACUAUAUGACAAGGUUUCUUUUCAAAUGUGAGGUUUGGAAAUCGUUGAUCAACUGUAUUUAAUAAUACACUACAAUCAUGUACUACAUGGCUCACAAUGAGGAAGUAAAACCAUGUUUAUUUUAGGUUAUAAAUGAAGGGAGCCCGAAAGUAUUCUUGCUAUAGUAUGCCCAUGGUGGAAUUGAAUUGAAUCAAUCACUGGAUGGAAAUAGUGUUGCCUGUAUACUGUACAUUACUUCAAUCUCAAAGAAUUCCAUGUUGAACCGACAAGGUUGGCCCAGUUCAUGUUCAUGUUGUCUUGAUUGACGUUGUGCUCUCACUAAAUUGUUUGUAUUUACAGGUUGUCUGUGUUUCUCUCAGAUCAGCUUCCUUGGAAAGCUGCACAAUGUCAUAAAAAACUAAAUGCCUGACCUUUACAGGAAACCGCACCUCAAAUAUAUAAAGUCAACACUGCUCUGUGAGUGGAUCAAGA